GAUAAGAAGUUUCAGUGGCAGUCCGCUUGUGGCGUUAAGUCGCUUCGAUUUCAAUCUCUCUUCAGUUGAGCGGGUAGUGAAAUAGAAAGGGAAUUUGCUAAAGUGAGAGUGAAUGUGAAAUAAUUUAAAGGAAGUUACGGAUGCUGAACGAUAAAAAUCAAAAAAGUGUUUAAAUAUAUUGUUACAUAUUUGGAAUAACAGUAUUCAAGUGCCAAAUUUAUAAAAAUGGUGAAAGCAAAUAAAUAAACUAAAAAGGAAUAAAUAAAACUAAAAUAAAUAAAUUAAGAAGAUUUAAAAGAGUCAAAAUGUCAAAAGUGAAGCUUUAUCAAGUUGUGGUGUUACUUAAACUGCUGAGCUUCGUAUGUAGCAGCGGGUUUACAGUGGAUCCUAACAGCGAUCAAUAUCAACUAAUGCAGCGUUCGUCAAUCAUCUUCGGCCUAACAGUUAUCAGUCAUCCGGAUAUGGUAAGCCACAGCUGUUAUACACAAUUGCAGGAGACACAGAAGGCUAUGCUAAUGCAACAGCCAUGGGCCAUGAAGAUGUACGAUGCGUCAGGCUUUCGGGAGUCCGGCUUCAUAUUGGGCAAUGGCAUCUGGUUGGGCAGUCGCAACACUUGUAAUGCUGUUAAAACUCCCGCCAAACUGAAGAUAUCCACAUAUAUACCACACAGAAUGAAUACGAAAAUAAUGACAGACACAGCACCAUUCCCCACGGACUAUCGCGUGGUCAACUUGUGGCAUAAUUCCACAUGGCAAAUUGAUCCGGUAUAUCCCUUCUAUGAACCAUGCAUAAUGAUCGGUUUAUGUUUGCCGAGCGCUUGCUCAAUACCCGAGAUCGGUCAACUAAUGGCUAUUUAUGUGGAGCAUGAUUUAUUCGUCUCGAAUGAUAUUUAUAAUAUGCGCAUGCGUGUUGAGAGUGUGAAAGAUUUUAAACUGCGUGAUGGCUUCUUUUCAAGACCUUCAACAAUGUUGUUUAUUGGCUUCUGGUUAAUGACACUGCUGUUGUCAGUACUCGCUUUGAGGCGACACAUGAAGCGUAACAGCGAAAUGGUUGAGGUGCUUGGAAAUAGCACGAAGACCGAAAAGUAUGAAAGAACGAGUGUUCUGUCAAAUACGAAGAGUCAAACCUUUACACAACUUUCGGAUAAUGGAAUUGUUGAUUAUUUCAAUGUAGAAAAAAAUUGGGAGUUGCUCUUCCCAACGGAAGGCACUGCAACGGGUGGCACUGAAGCUUUUCCAGCGGUUAAUGGUUUACGUUUUUAUGGCGCAAUGGGCGUGGUAUUUUUCCAUCUACUUAUCAUCAGCUAUCCAGCAUCGACUAAUAAGUCGGAGAUUUACAAAUUAGCGAAUGAUGUUGGAAAUUUCGACAUUUUCGUGGAUUUGUUUUUUACAAUAAGUGGCUUCUUGCAAACAUACCAUUUCUUCCAAGAUACUAAGACCAUUAAAAGAAUACGCCAUAAUGGUUUAAUGAUGAAUACGAAAGUGGUAUUUAUGUACAUAAUGCAUCGUUUGAUCAGAUUGGGUCCACUAUAUGCACUCGUUAUGUGCCUAUCCGAUGUUGGAGCGCUUAUAAUAGACGAUAUGACGGUUUUCCCGAUUAGUAAACGUAUAAACGACAACUGCGAGAUGUAUUGGUGGCGCAAUGUGCUCUUCAUACAAAAUCUCUUCGAUCACCACGAUUUGUGCAUGUAUUGGACGUGGUCGUCAGCGUGCGAUAUGCAGUUCUAUAUCUUCAGCAUAAUUCUACUCUGCAUCUAUGUGAAACACCCCAAAGUGGGGAAGGCGCUUACUUUAGCCACAGUCGUAGCUAAUAUGAUAUAUACCUUCUUUACCGGCAUCAAUUUGAAUUACAUGUUUAGAUUGGAGACAACAGCGGUGCUCUUCACGGAGCUCUACAUGAAUCCGCUGUCACGUGUACUGGCCUAUGUAAUUGGCGGCUUGGCCGGUUGGUUUUUCGUACAAAAUCAACAGAAGCAACUCUAUGCGAACUUCUUUCAAAAUCAAUCGCUACAAGAGUUUCUCGGCUAUUUGUCCAUCAUUGCCUUCUUCACAUGCAUUUUGUCUAGCAUGCCAGAAGGUUACUCAGCGGUCUCCUAUGUGAUCCUAUUGACCAUCCAACGUAUCGUAUUCUCCUCGAGCGUUUGUUGCUUGAUAUUCGCAAAUGCAGCGGGCAGCGUGAAAUGGUUCUUUGCUAUAUUGGAGAAUCCCAUAUUCAAGAAAUUUAAUCAAAUCACUUAUGCGAUGUUCUUGCUAAAUCCAUUGCCCAUGGCACUACUGACAAGCAUGAAUAAUACAAGUCGCAAUUCUGGUCCAUAUAAUUUGUUUAUCGAAUAUAUUGGCAUUUGCGUGUUGCUGUACUUCAUCUGCACAAUCUUCACAUUGUUUUUCGAAGUACCCUAUAAGAAUAUAUCUAAAAUGCUAGUGCAACGCAACAAGGUCAAGAUAAACUAAGUGUGAAUUGUGAAGGAUUUAAGUCUAAGCUUACAAACGAGUUAUAUUAUGUAUGCCAGAAAGUAUAAAUAAUAUAUUUAAGAUUUUUUUUAAAUUAUAAUUAUAAUAAAAAUGUAUAAAGGGUG